AAAGUGUCUUGCGUUGCCAUUUGCAAUGAAGUGAAAUUUUGGGGAUAACCAUACUGCUAGAAAAAAGUCAAAUUAAAACGGGAUUAAAACCAUGGGCCUUAUGGGCCGAAAAGACUAGCUAAUGACACACUCCUUUUAUAUUUCGUCUUACUCGAAAACCCUAAUCCAUUUAGCCGAGCAACUGAGAGGGAGAAUAGUAGCUGAAGCGACUCAAUGGGUGCUUACACUUAUGUGUCGGAGCUAUGGAGGAAGAAGCAGUCAGAUGUGAUGAGGUUCUUACAAAGGGUGAGGUGUUGGGAGUACCGCCAGCUCCCAUCUAUUGUCCGUGUCACUAGGCCUACCCGUCCUGACAAGGCACGCCGCCUGGGCUACAAGGCCAAGCAGGGCUAUGUGGUCUACCGUGUACGUGUGAAACGUGGUGGAAGGAAGAGACCAGUUUCCAAGGGUAUUGUGUAUGGUAAACCAACCAACCAGGGAGUCACCCAAUUGAAAUUUCAGCGCAGCAAGAGAUCUGUCGCCGAAGAGCGUGCUGGUAGGAAAUUGGGUGGUCUUAGAGUCCUCAACUCGUACUGGAUUAACGAGGAUUCAACCUACAAGUAUUAUGAGGUAAUAUUGGUUGACCAAGCCCAUGCUGCUAUUCAGAACGAUCCAAGGAUCAACUGGAUCUGCAACCCAGUGCAUAAGCACAGAGAAUUACGUGGUCUCACUUCAGCUGGUAAGAAAUACAGGGGUCUCCGUGGAAGGGGACAUCUGCACCACAAAGCUCGCCCCUCAAGAAGGGCAACCUGGAAGAGGAACCAGACUCUGUCUCUCCGCCGUUACCGUUGAUCUGCUUGAUCUUCUUAAAGAUUGCCGCUUGCUUAGUUUUUUCAUUAUCUGGGUUUUGAACUUUCAUCUUGAGGCAAAUUUACAUUUUGAAACGACUACAUCUGUAUUGGAGUAUCCGUUUUCUUUCGGAGAUAGGAAUGGAUAUUAAGUCCAAUUAUCUGGUAUGAGAGUCAGUGCAAGACCAGUGUGACUUAUAGUUUUAAAGAACCUCUUGAUUUGCUUUGAUAGACAUUAUUUAUCAAUGUUUUGGUA